UGCUAUCAAUCUUCAAAGCACUGGAUUCAUCUUCUUUCGUUAUCAAAUUCCAUAUGAAAAGUUUUUCAUUCGAACAGUAUUUCACUAAAUAUGUAGUUGAAAUCUUAUUUUCACGUAUGUUAUUUAGAAUAACUAAUGAUCGCAUACAAGUCAUUUACCAUACAAUCCAAAUUCUAGACCUCAUAUAUCCAACAAUCUAAAUCCUAAAUUAUCCUAAACUCUAAUCUAACCUACCAUCUAAACUCUGAAUCUUGAUCUAACCUGUAAUAUUUUAAAUUCAAAAUCCCAACCUAACCUACAACAUCCAUUCAAAAUUCACAACCUACAAUCCAUAUUCAGAAUUCUAAUUUCUCAUACAAUGUAACUUUAGUCAAGAAAAUUAGCUUGAUUACAACUUACUCUACUGUAAUCAAGGUGAACACACCGCUGAUGACCUUAUCAUUGGAAGUAGUGUACUACUGUUGCUUGUUGCAACUCUUAUGUUGCACGAACAAUGACAACUUGUACCUAAAACCUAAACAAAUUACAAACACUUUUAUUUAGGUUUUAUUAAGAUAGCAAAAGGAAAAGAUGUAUGUAGAAUGGUGGAGGGAGGAAAACAUGAAGUUCAAGAGAUUGAGAUCAGAGACCCGCUUCCUAAAUCGCUGAAAAUUGCAACGAUUUAUCUAGCCCAAAUUCAUGGAAAAUUAUGGAAAUUUAUAUAAUAGGUGUGGCAUUAUGGAAUUUUUUUAUUAACUUCCGCAUUUUGAUAAAAGAUUCACUUCUUUCCAAUGCACAUAAUGCAAUACCUUAUAUGUCGAUCCAUUAACUUUGUAUUUUUUUAUAAUACCUUCCAAUGAUUGUUAAAACGUACCGGAGGUUGUACUGGAAAAAUCAGGGGUUAUAGGUAUAAUAUACCGCUCUACUAUGACGUUUUACCAAACAUGCCCCUUUACUAUAUUUUACAUUAAACAUGCCCCUGUACUUUGUAAAAAUUAUCAAACAUGCCCUUUUGUUAAAAUUUUCAUCCAAAAACCGUUAAUCAUGGUCAAAAUUUGGUUUGGGCGACACAAAUGUCUAAAAUAUCCCUAAUAAUUUCACUUUAGAAUUUUUUGGUCCUUUUGUAUAGCUAAAUAAUUCUAAUAAUUUCACUUUGACGAGACCCAGAGAAAUAAAACAGGGGACAAAACUGACAUUUUCCCUCCCAUUUGCCGAUGUCGGGUCGUCUAAAUCUUGGUUCAACCAUGAUUGAUAAUUUUUUCAAUGUAAAUUUUAACAGAAGGACAUGUUUGAUAAUUUUUCCAAAAUACAUGGGCAUGUUUGAUGUAAAAAAUAGUAGAGGGGCAUAUUAUACCUAUAACCCAAAAAUAAGCGAUAUAGUAUUUUAUGUUUUAGCCGUGGUUCAUCGUUUCAUAGCGUUAAAAGAGUCCACCGAUUUAGCCUCCCAUAGGAUAUUAUCUCGCCCUGAUUGGAAUACUCCACAGGUACGUAGUUGAUAUCAAAUUGAUAAAGAUCAGUGUAAGAAGACAUGGAUAACAUAUAAGAAGUUUGCACCAUCAAGCUAAGUGCAAAAUCCCAUCAAAGAGAGUUCAGUAGAAAAGAGAAACUAACCCUUCUCCACUCAAAGAAGUGGUUGGAAUGUAUAUUACGUGCCAAAACCAUGAACCGCAAUUUCUCUUUGGAAAGUGGAAUCGGGAAUUGAGCAAGUUCCAUUACUACAAGUACUAGGGGCGCGAUCGAAGCUGCAAAAGCCCCAGGCAGCAGCAUCCAAACUGAAGACUCUGGCGUACAUUAAUUGAUUAACAGAGAAAAGGAAAGAAGACAAUAGGACGGUAUUCUGUCCUCGUGCAGAAAAAGCUACUGAUAGUGAACAGAUACCAAAGAUAUUAGGGACCAGUAGCAGAAAGGCAGAAACCCUAGCAGCAGUGGCGGACCCAAAGCUCAGGUAGGUGCGUCACCUCUAAAAUUUGGAGAACAAAAUAUAGAUGGUAGUAUGUGAAAAAUAACGCCAACCAUGAAAAAAAUUUGUAUGAUGUUACAAUUUUUACAUAUAAUAUGUUUUAUUUUCUUUGUUUUAUAUCCAAAUAACGCAAACCAUGAAAACAAAAUUCAUUUAUCAACUAACAUGUAUCCUAUUAUAUGGAUAUUAGACACAUAUAAAUGAUGGUUCAAACGUAUAUCAUUUUACAACCAAACAUAAUCUAUAUUUGAAACCCGUUUCCAAAAUAGUCACGAAUAUUUUACUAAAAUUAAUUGAAAAGUAUUAAUGAAAAAUAAUUGAAAGUGUUGUUUUGAAAUAAUUGAAAAGUAUUAGAUUUAUGAAGACAAAAUAUAGAAGAGCAAGUAUUGUGUAUAUGAAAAAUGGAGGAUAAAGAUUGAAAGUUGGUGUAAAAAAACCCAGUAAUUUGCAAGAUUGGGGAUAAUAUUUGCUAAUGCCUCAUCCCUUUUGUUUUUCAUUGGCUAGUGUCCAACUCCCAAAGUGGCUAAGUCUCUUGAGCGUCUCGCCAACUAGGGUAGGAAAUCAGUACAGUAUCGGUAUCCCAGUAUCAAUUACCAAAUAGUGUCCUAAACUUAAUAAAUUUGAUAUCUCGAUCCAAAUCCCAGAAAAUUUGUUCGGUAUCGGUAUAAACUAAAUAUCAAAUUAGUUAUGUUCAAAAAUUACAAAUCAAAUAUUCAAAUGCAAAUACUUCUCCUCUGUGAGCACCUCCACAAAUCUGCAUCAAACCAUAAGAAUUUGUUUUGGUACUGGUAUUAGAAUUUUUACAUAUAAUAUGUUUUAUUUUCUUGUUUUUAUAUCCAAAUAACGCCAACCAUGAAAACAAAAUUCAGUUAUCAUUGGCAGUAGUGUACUACUGUUGCUUGUUGCAACUCUUAUGUUGCACGAACAAUGACAACUUGUACCUAAAACCUAAACAAAUUACAAACACUUUUAUUUAGGUUUUAUUAAGAUAGCAAAAGGAAAAGUUGUACGUAGAAUGGUGGAGGGAGGAAAACAUGAAGUUCAAGAGAUUGAGAGAUCAGAGACACGCUUCCUAAAUCGCUGAAAAUUGUAACGAUCUAGCCCAAAUUCAUGGAAAAUUAUGGAAAUUUAUAUAAUAGGUGUGGCAUUAUGAAGUUUUUUUUAUUAACUUCCCGCAUUUUGAUAAAAGAUAAUAUUUGCUAAUGCCUCAUCCCUUUUGUUUUUCAUUGGCUAGUGUCCAACUCCCAAAGUGACCAAGUCUCUUGAGCGUCUCGCCAACUAGGGUAGGAAAUCAGUACAGUAUCGGUAUCCCUGUACCAAUUACCAAAUAGUGUCCUAAACUUAAUCACAAUCUCAAUCCCAAAAUAAAUUUGAUAUCCCGAUCCAAAUCCCAGAAAAUUUGUUCGGUAUCAGUAUAAACUAAAUAUCAAAUUAGUUAUGUUCAAAAAUUACAAUGAGUUGAAUGCUCGUCAUCCUCCUGAUGUUUUGGCGUUUGACUGCAGGUUGUCGAAGAUAUUGUGGAACCUCCCUCUGCCGCCCAAACUUAAGUUCUUCUUUUGGCGGGUGGUUAGGGGAUUUCUUCCGCUUCAAUCAGUUCUACUUCAAAAGACUCUAGUUACCUCUCCUACCUGCCCUGUUUGCUCGGAUGCCCCAGAGACCUUUAAUCAUUGUUUUUUCCAUUGCAGGGUGGCUCAACCACUAUGGACCCUUGCUGGUCUAGCAGAUGUUCGUUCCAAGUUGGAGGGUUUACCAAUGGAUGAUGCAUGGAAUAACCUUUUACUCUCGUUGCGUCUGUCUAAGUUGCAGGUUGCGGAAGUGGUUUUUCUAUGCUGGCGGAUCUGGAAAGGACGAUGCUGGGCAGUCCACGGGGGCAUCCAGUACCUUCCCCCCGCCCUGUUGAGACAGUUUCGUUUGGAGGUGGAUGAAUGGCGAGCAGCUUCCUUAGGCCCAAGUACGCAUUCAGGGGGAUCUCCUUCUCCGGUAACAGGGAUCCCGCGAAGCCCGAGUCCAACAACAACGGGAGUUAUUGCCUCGCGAGUGUUGGACGUAAGGUCCGCUGCUUCCCAAGCGUGGCUGGUUCGAUUUGACGGGGCCACUAAACGCGCCCGUGGCUGUAGCGUUGGAUUUGUCGGGUUCGACUCUCUUGGUGGGCUCACUUUUGCUUUCGGUAAGUUCUAUCCUGAUAUUCAGGACCCUUUCCUAGCUGAACUUUUAGCCUUUAGGGAUGCUAUGGAUUGGUGUCUAACCCGAGGCUUUCUCUCUGUCAAAUUCGUUGGGGACUCGCAACUUGUGGUACGGCACGUGUUUACCGAUGAGCGUCAACAUGCGAUGGGUGGAGCUCUUCUGGAAGACGUUCACAGGAUGGUGCAGGGGUUUGAGUUCUGCUCGUGUUCUUAUGCCAAGCGCAUCUUUAACAGGGCCGCCCAUUUUGUGGCAAAACAAGCCCUUUCAUCGGAAGUUCGACUAUUGGUCGACUUCCGCACGGCGUUGAGCUCUGUACUUUGACUUUGUGAUUCUCCUUUCUUCUUGUUGACUAUGUUAAAAAAAAAUUACAAAUAGUUGGGAGAAAUUGAGGUCUGAUAGUAGUGAGUGAGGGAGCCUAGUUGGGAGAAAUUGGGUACACACUAUCUUAGAUUUCUGCAUUGAUCAGUAUUUCUGUAUAUAUUGAUCCUAAUCAUGUAAUCUCUAAUACAAAAUAACAGUUGAAACUCAAUCCCACUCCCAUAAAAUAAUACAUGUAUUCAGUAAUAUCAAAUAUCGACAAAUUCAGUACGAUAUUUGGUAUAUCGCAAAUACUGGUACCAAACUUUCAUUCCUAUAUAUAUAUUGAUCAGUAUUUCCGUAUAUAUAUUGAUCCCAAUCAUGUAAUCCCUAAUACCAAAUAACAAUUGAAACUCAAUCUCAAUCCCAUAAUAAUACGUGUAUUCGUUAAUAUCAAGUAUCGACAAAUACAGUACAAUAUUCGGUAUAUUUCAAAUACUGGUACCAAACUUCCAUCCCUAUCGCCAACUCGGUGAGAAGCCCCAUUUGUCCAAACUCUGCCUUCGUAACGGAGAAUUUUACUUCAUUCAUCCGCUUCCCGUAACCUCAGUCAGCAAAAUGAAAACCCACUGAUCCGGUGGAUAAUCCCGACCCCAAAUUAAUGGGCUCAAUAAUCAAGCCCCUUGUAACUUUGCGUAUGAGAUUCGGCCCAAGCCCAACUGGUUGUGGACGUUGUCAUUUUUCACUUUAAAGUUUAAAUCUACCAUUGCGGCAAGGAACUCAAAUCUGCAUCAAACCAUAAGAAUUUGUUUUGGUACUGGUAUUAGAAUGAGUCCAAUGUCAAUAAGCUAAUUCGGCAUGGUGAAGGUUAGGAUGCUUCGCAUCCAUUUAUCAACAAAAAAAAAAAGCUAAUUCGGCAUGGUUAAGUAACAUUUUUGGUAGUAGGAUGGAGAAGAUUACGAGACACUUAUUCAUGGCAACAUAUAUAUAUAUAUAUGCUAAAGAAAAGAGCCCUCUGUCAGGUGAAAGACAACUCAGACAGAAUAAUGUACACACUCAAACAACUGUAAUUUAGUAGCGGAAGAAGAAUCAAUUAAGGUAUAGAUAUUGAUAAUUAGGGUGCUAGAACUUAUGGUGAGAAGCAAAAACCCGAAAAAAAUCAGCAAUACAUCAUAUAUCAGCUACAAACAACAGCUCACUUACAGUCAUUCCUCUAUACUACAAGCCCUUGGCACCAGGGACAUGAAUCCAACGAAGCUCGAGUUCGACCUCACCGCACAGAUGGAACGAGCUCUUUGUGCUCUACCAAAUGAGAUCAAUUUUCAAUCUAUUUCGAGAAACUUUCUUUACCAACUACAUACCAUAUGGUAACUUCUUCGUUUUUAAUUCAUUUUUGAAAACGUUUGCUCAGAAGGAACGAGUUCGUCAUGAUCUAUUGGAUCUACAAAUUUCUGGGUGAAAAAAAAUACUAGACCAAAAAUUAUCAUACUUUACCACUAUGGUAUGUGGGUGGUAACUUGUGGUAACUUGUAGUAAACAAUGAUGAAAGUAGUAAAUGACAGUUAGUAUACUCCUACUUUCAUGUAUUCAACCUUCUUACCAUAUUGGUAUGUUCAUACCAUCAUGGUACGCUUUAUUACCAUAUGGUAUUAAAUAGGAGCAUAUCAUAUAGUAAUGACUGGUUAAAAGUUAUUCAAUUUUUUUUUACUAAAAAUAUAUCAAAGUUGAUAUCAUUUUAAAGAGUACAUUUAAUCUGAUUUAUCUAUGCAAAAAUAUUUAAAUUUCAACUUAAAAUGAGAGAGAAAUCGUCAGUUACAUAUUAAAGGGGAAAAAAUAAAAGACUUUAUAGAGAGAGGAUGAUAUUGAUGUCAUGAUGAUAUUGACGGAUUACUCAUAAUUACUGACCAUAAGGUUACAUACAUGAUCCGUUCCCAGCCAAAGGUUGUCCAUCUUCAAGUAAUUACGAAAAAGAGAAGGAAUUACUUGAAAUAAGUAAAAUAGGAAAAA